UUCUCAACAGCACAAAACCACAAGAAGAAGGAAAGGAGAAGGCUGUACGACGGCAGGGGGUCGGAGGAUGGUGGUCGAUGGCGGCAGGGGGUCGGGGUCGAGCUGUACGACAACAGGGGGCUCAGGGCUGUGCUCAACGACAACGAUUGGUGGCUCGGGGGCUGGGCUCGACGGCGGGUGGGGGGGUCUUGGGUCUGGGCUCGACGGUGCAGGGGUUGGGCAUUUUCUCAGUUCAUUCCCUCUCUCAGUCAGUCAAGGAUGAUUUUAGAAAGAAAUUCAUGACAGCAAAUUCUUACUUUGAAGAGACUAUUGGUGAAGAGGGUGAGUACAAGGACAAGAAGAAGAAAUAUAUGUUGUUUGACAAUGAAUUUAGUGUUUUAUUUUAUUUGUAAUUUUUAUUAGAGUAAAUGAUUCUUUUUUGAGUGGUUAAUUAUUUACUUUGUAAAUCAAGUUAUAUAUUUUUAAGGUCAAGAAGAUUAUGUUUAUAGACAAGACUAUAUGAUUUUUAAGUCAAGUAGUAGUGUUAUAUAUGUCCAAAAUUUGUUUUAUUAGAUUUGUAAAUACUUUGUAUAAGUUUUGUUAUUUUAAUCUAUAAUUU